GAGACCUCACUCUCAAGUGCAGACACUGAAAUAAGCGACCCUAGCCUUCUAUCAGAAACAAGUGCCUCACAAGCCGUAGAAGGGGUUACCGCACCAACAGAAACGGAUAGACUAAGCCCCCAGCCGUUAGAUCUCAAGAAAGGGGAAAUCAUGAAGGAGACCGGAAGCCAGGGGACCCACACCCCAGAUGAACACGGGAGAUCUUCAGCAGAGCCCGACACACAAGCCAAGACAGACUCAGCGUCCAAACAAUCGAUAGCGAGGGCACCCCCGGAUGUGACUGCGCCAAGCCAAAUUUUCGGGCCGGCAGCAAACGGGUACGGGUACAGCCUUUUAGCGGCAGCCGCUGCCGCUGCAGCAUCCGGGGAGUCGAGUCGAGAGACUCCCGAAGACCUCACUGUCAAAGACGAAGACGACGAUGACGACGGCGACGAUGACAGCGAUAAGAUGGGAGAGACGGCCCCCGGUGUCGACCCCGAGAGGCUGAAGGCAUUUAAUAUGUUCGUCAGAUUAUUCGUAGACGAGAACCUCGACCGAAUGGUUCCGAUCUCCAAACAGCCCAAAGAAAAGAUACAAGCCAUCAUUGAAGCCUGCUACCGACAGUUUCCGGAGUUCCACGAAAGAGCCCGAAAGAGAAUCCGAACCUACCUCAAAAGCUGUCGACGGAUGAAACGGCAACGGGACCAAAAUGGGCUGGACUCGUCGUUGCGGCCCACUCCGCCCCAUCUCACGUCAGCACGAGCCGAGCACAUUCUAGCCGCCGCGUGUGAGAGUGAAAGUGAAAACGCAAAGAGGCUAAGAAUGGAACUCAUGCAGGCUGGCCACACAGUAACUUCCGUUACUACGAGUGAAUCAGUACGAGUAGAGACUCAACAUCGGGCGACGCCCCCUCACACCACCCCCAUUCCCUCUAGUCGGGUAGCGACGUACUCAGAUGAGCCCCCUGCGAAGCUGACUGCCCGCCCCACAGCAGACUACCGCUUCAACGGAGUCGGAACGCAUGAUCCAUACUACGCUAGUAUCGCACCACAUCACACGGCAAACGUGCUGCAAGCAACACAACAUGCUCAACUAACAAAUGGACCAACAGAUCUGAGUGUCAAGAAGAUGACUUCGAAAACCCAGCUAAGUCAGACGGAGGUGACCAACAUCCGCCAGCUCAUCACAAGUUAUCGGGAGUCGGCCGCCUUCCUCUACAGGUCAGCCGACGAGCUCGAACAAAUGCUGCUUCAACUAAACUGAAAAACAUCUGAACUUGACUGAUUCACUCCACAUCACUUAUUCCAGAAAUGACGGUUAUCGGAAGUUGGCCACAUUCCUCCACAGGGCCCCGUCUCACUAAGAGCUACGAUUGAUGUCAUCAACCACAACUACGUAAAUCCACCAAUGUCAUAAUAUUAUAGAUGAACACAACAUUCCUUUGGCAAUGGGGAGGAGCAAACUGAUUUGUAUCGACAAUUAUGCAUGACUGCACAUCACAGCCCGUAUUCUGAAGUCGGGUUCAACUUAUACCAUGGUCUAACUCUGUGCUGAAAUUAUGGACAGCCAGAAAUGUCAAAAUUUUUCCUUACCUUUACCGUGCUCUUUCCUUAAUCGUGAAUUGUGAAGAGAGCUAUCUAAUCUUUCCUUCCGAAACAGUUACAAAUGAUUUGAGAGAAAAAUGAGUUGAUAGAUCCAUACACCAUACAUUGAAAUUAUACUGUUAGAGAUUUAUGCCACUAUUGGCUAUCCAUAGUUAAACCACAACUUGAAAACCAGAGUUUAGAUUAAACCCGGACUUCAGAAUACUGGCCCAUAUAUUCAUAAUUACAAGUUACUUUGAACAGACAUUAGCAUUCUAGAUGUUGGGUUUGCUGGAUUUUUAUAGUUGAGAUCAAUCGAUUGAUCGCAAUUCAUUGUGGUAAUGGACCCAGGUCAGCCACUGAGCUAGAACAAAUGCUGCUCCAACUUGAACUUCAUUUUAUUCAAUCCAUGGGAAUGUUUCACUAGACUUAGGGUGGUAUUCUGAUAGCCACGGUUUAGUUAAACCUGGGCCAACUUAGAUCACACUUUUAUGGAGUGCCAGUUGUCAACUUUGUCACCAGUUGAAAAUUAUUCUUAUCCUGCUGCAAAAAAGUAAUGGAGUCAUGAAAUGGGGUGAAUAUGACAAUACAAGAAAUAAAGUGAAUUUUAAUGAUUAAUUGGUACAUAAUAAUUUCCACAAAUAUGGAAGUAGUUAUGAAGCCAGCAUUCCAGAGAACUGGUUCAAAAUUUUAGUUUAGACUGGGGUUAAACCUAGGUUUAAUUAUCAGAAUAUUGCCCAUAAUGUCUAUUCCCCAAACACCUAGGAUUACUUGUGUUAUCAUUUUAUUUACUGUGGGGAAAUAUCCAAAUUGGACAGUUAACUAUGUGAAUGUGGGAUGUGUUUGGAUUCCAAGCAUGGUAUAUCAAACUAAAUCUCCUACAUUGUCUUAAUAAGUGACUCUGAAUCACCUUCUGAAUGAUAUUCUCUAAGAAAUAUAUGUAAUUGUGAAGAAAUACAAUGAUUAAAAAACACCACCAUAUAUGGGAUGUUUUAACUCAUAUCUAGAUGUUUUCUCAGUACAAGCUCGAUGCCUAAACCGCUCCCUUAAAAACAAAAACAAAACAAAAGAGAGUUGAAAUCCAAAAGAUCUCAAGUGAGGUUUCCCCUUUAGAAAUUUUCCCUGAUUGAAAAAGGAAACAGAACCGGUCCAUAAAUAGUAUCUGCUCAUUUAAGAACACUUUUUCUCUUCUCCUUUGGCUUGUCUUUACAUAGAGGUUUCACUUUUAAUUAUUGUUAUAUCUACACAAUAUGAUUACCUCGUUUUAAUGAGGGACUGACAAAUGAGAUUGAAGCUACUAUUCAACAGUUCACAAUGCUGAUUUUAGUGUUGCAUUGCAUAUUAUAGCAAAAAUGUUUUAUAGUUAUUAUUACACAUUACUAGAGAUUUAGUAAGUUAGUAUAAGUUUUUAAAAGCCAUGUUCAGAUUAUGAUUGAAUACUGUGGUGGAUUUUGAAGAAAGAUCUUGCCAUGAAUUUCUUUCUCACAACUCAAAGGUAAAAGUGUGCAAAUAUAUUAUGAUUAUGUUAAAUGGAGAAAAUUGGCAUUAUUGCCUAUUUGAUUGUAAAUAUGUUAUACGUUUAACUCUUUCAAUAUUUCUUACUGAUGAUUUUAUACUUGUUGAAUGUAUUUCCUUCUGUUGGGUUUUGACAAGGUGUUUGUUCUGUUUCUCUGGUUUAUUUUUCUUGGUUUCUUUCAACUUUGGGUGUGCUGAUCAUAUGUGCAAUAUCAUUUCUCAAAGGAUCUUUACAAGUGCUAAUACACCUACACUAUUUGGGUAUAUAGCUGUUACUAUGGUGGUGUUUAGGUUGCACAAUAAAGGGGAAAAAUCACUUGUACAAGUACUAUUGCAAAUUCAGGUGGCUUUUAUGAAACUAAUGUUUGCUUAUGGCAUGGGUCCAAUUGGAUUUUACCUUACAUGCACUGUUCUGGCAACUUCGAAUAUUAAUUACCAUUUCAACAGGCACAUACAACCAUAUUAUGUUGUUAUGGAUGUCACAAAAGGUGAUGUAAAAAAAGACCAAUUGUAAUCGGUAAACCUGUCUUAAAAAGCCAAAAUCCAAACAAUGGCCACUGAUUCACUUUGGGGGUGUCAUCAGCAGUAAUGACAAUUGACUUGGUGCUUGUAAAGUGCAGAAUCAAUUACAACUGCUUUAUGCCCUUUACAUAUAGAGCUCUCCAAUUUUACACAACAUAAAUAAGAUUGGAUGCCUUUUUAACAAAUCCACUAUUGUACUGGACCGUAGAUGGGGGUUGCUAACUGUUUCACAAUAUCAGACCACAAAAUUCAAAGCUAGCUUCACCCCCCCCCCCUUUUAAAACAACUCUCAGAAUGUGCAAGAUUUAAGCGUCUUCACUAGAACGAAGACUGUUACAUGGCUGGAAUGGUGAAUUCAGUAAACCGAGGUAUUCGGGUGCCAAUUUACAGUAUGUCUACACUUAACAAUCGUGUAACCUUGUAAGGAAUUCUUAGAAUGGGGCCAUCAAAAUAUUUACAGGAGGUACCUACAAGUACAACCAAGUGUUCAAAAGCCAAAACUCUGCUAAAAUUGGACUUUGUUCUUUAAGGUUGAGAGAUGCGCAUUUCAAAUGUUUGAAAGUACUUUGAGUAAUUUAUGUUAGUAUAUAUCUUCUUCUUUUUUUUCUAUAAAAGAAGUAAUGUCACGAAAGUACUAUUAGAAGCAAGAAGUGUUUCAGCAUAACAAUGGCCUUGCUUGCUGACUGUGGAGUGAUUAUUGUACAGAUUUUCAUCAAGAAUGUGUCUACAAAUUUUCUACUUUUUAAUAACAAAAUAGUUGCAUGUAAUCACGGACAAAGUUUAAUAUCGUUCACAGUGUUUGCAUUUUGUCUUCGAAUUUGCUUGUUUGGACAAGUUUGUAGGAUUAUGAUUGGUUCACAUAUUAUCAGGUAGUUUGCUAAAUACACCUAAGCAUUUUCAAUGUUUUUAAGUUGGAAAGUUAAUUUCUAUAUUUGAAAUAUGUAAUUUAACAACUCUUUUAUGUUUGUAGAUUUAUGUGCAUACUAGGUGUGCUAUGUCAUUUAUUUAUUACCUCAAAGCAACUGCAAUUUAUAUUAAUGUGCUUGUAAUGUAUUUUUUUUAAGGACUUUGUGGGAUAUGAAAGAAAAUGAAUGUAAACUAUGAAAUUAUGAAAUACUUCGUUUCAUCCGCAUAAUCCACUGUCUUGGGAAUAAGACUAUCUCUUAAGAGCUACUAAUCUUCAAAUCAAUUUGGUGGAUUCGCAAUACGGUGCGCCACCUAUCAGUUGCAGCUGAAAGGCCCAAAUUUGCAAUGCCUCAUGGCGAAAAGUCACCAUCUGUUACGCGUGCUAGUGCACGCAUGCCAUUAUUCUGCGCUAGCCGACGCAACUCGGACGGCUCGCAUAACAUUAUGGUGUUUAGGGUCUAGGUGGCCAGAGAGAGAUUUGCUGCAUAUUUCUUUACGAAUCUUAGACUGUUUUUGGUGAAUUCUUGCCUUGAGGUUUUCAUUUUUGAAGCAUCACAGUCACUGAUACUCGCACUGUGCGCUGCCUGCGCCUGCGAGCGAUGUCGACACCAAAGUUAGAAAUUGGCCUGUCCGCUGCAACCGAUAGAUGGUGCACUGUAUUCUGAAUCCACCAAUUGCAACUUCUUUGUCCCAUUUCAUAACAUUUGUUAUUUUCACAAACUUACCAUAACAGUUACAUGUACAAGCCACUGAAAAUAUGUUAUCUGAUUAGCUGAUUUAUCAUAAAAAAAGUGCACUCUCUAAUCCAUGUGUUUCUUUUGAUUUUUGUGUGGUUUGGGAUUCACUGUUUCAGAUGAAACUCUAUCUAUUUUUGCCAUUUUUUUUAACACAACAGUAAGAUGGGUUGAUAUCGUGAUUUAGAAACAUGUGAAACCCGGCAGUUGCGUGUAAACUGCAAGAAGUAUUACCUUCUAUCUCAUUUCCUUCCUUUUCGAAGCUGUUGACAUCAUGUUGGUGCAAUAUCAUGUUUUAUCAUUUAUAGUUUAGCAAUUUUUUUUUCUGAAAUCUAUAAAAGAAGUAUUUUAGUUUAUUUAAGAUUAUUGACAGAGUCAGUAUCAGCUUGUUACGUUGUCUUGCCGAAAAAGACAAAGGCACUUGUCUUUUCACCAGUUAUAGCUAUUAAGGAAGAUAUUUGUGUUUGGUUUGAUAUUGGAUAAUUAGAUGCAUUAUUCUUCAAGACUAUAUUGAGUCUGUUCAGUUCACACACUGUAUGAUAAGUUCACAUAAAUGUGGUUUUUGGAUGUUCAUAUUUUGUGUUGGGUUUGCAAUAUUACCUAGGUUUUCUUUCUGUUGCAUUGAUCAUAUUAAGUUAAACAAUUUUUUGUCGAUUUCUGUUUGGCGUUUUCUCUAAACAAUCUCUUUUUACAGGGUCUGUGUACAUGAUUUAUUUCGUAUUACAUUUCAGUUUUACUUUCGGCUCUAUUACGUGUAUGUAGAAUAACAGUCCUAGUUUUACUUGGGGAGUAUUUACAAAUUAUGAUGAUUAAUAGCAAUUGAGAAUUAUCAUAAUUCACUGUAGAAUUUGCAUUUGCAUUGCACAAUAUUAGAGAAAAUUGUAUAGAUAAUAAUUUCACACAAAGAGAUCCAUGGUGGACUCAAUGUAAGAUUUUCAAUGAAGAGAAAUAAGGACAAGUUUGUAUACCUUGCACACAAUAAACUUGUUUCUAAUACAGUUUUAGCCUUUAAUGAUGAAUAUCAAUAACUGUUAGCAUUUGUUUGUAUACAAAUCUCAUUGUACAUUAUAUCUUUCAAAGAUGUCUUUGUUCACUUGCUAUUCAUAUGUGGUAACAGAGUAAGCUAUUGUAAUGAGAGGGAUUUUCAUAGAGAUAUAUCUUGACAGUAUUGUUCGAGUUUUUUAGCCUGUCAAUUUUGACAUGUUUUAGAUAUUUCCAAAUGUUAGGGAUUUUCUUACUCUUUAUGGCUCCAUUUCUGAGCAUCCUUUUUUGUCAAACUUAUUUAUUUUGCACUUUGUCAACUGAUAGACAAAAAAUACACAAAAAUAAUGCACAAA